AUGCCUUGUUUCCAUGUGAUGCCUUUGCUUUUCAUGGGCUUGUUUAGUUGUGGCUGCAGUUCCUGGCUUGUGACAUGGCUCUGUGUCUUCUACUGCUUCAAAGUGGUCAACUAUUCUGGACAGGUGUUCCUGCAAAUUAAACAACAAAUCACUGCUGCUGUACCCUACCUGUUGACUGGCACCAUUUUUGGAUGUGCCAUCAUCAGUAGCUUGGUAUUUACUGAUAAGGUGACAAGAUAUAGCACCUCAGACUUUACAGGAAAUUGUACAUUUCAGACAGAAACACUGUCACUGUGCCUCUGGUAUACAGCAGUUUGCCAAGUUUUUCAAUGUAUCCUGCCUCUCAUGCUCAUGGUGACAAGUAGUGCCCUCAUGGUAAUCUUUCUUUGCCGACACUCCUGGAGGAUGAACUCCACUGAGGCUGGUUUCAGUACCAACUGUUCCAUGGCUCAUGUCCGAGUAGCCAAAAUGAUUAUUUCUUUGACCCUGAGCUAUGCCAUAUUUGUUAUUUCUGUCUUCUUUUCCUUUAUUUUGGAUAAACCAGAACAAUACAGGAUAUUUUUCAUGUGUAUCUAUUUGUGCCUCAGUUUUGUGGUACUGUGCUCUGGAAUUCUAAUUUAUGGCAAUAAAAAACUGAGGGAGUGGUGCAAAAUGUACCUCUUCUGUAGCAGGAGUGUGGAAGAACCAUGA